AGUCCACCUCGCACUCAGACCCGUCACCACAUUAAUGUACGGAUAUUCACAUGACAUCACGACUAUUUCCAUCACCCGAUCGACAUAGUUGAGCUUGUCAUUUGCUCUGCUUCUCGUGUUAGUCUGCAACUGGAAGCGCGACUGGUCGGGUUUAGCUCUCACAUUUCUGGAUUGAAGCAUUACUGACGCUGCUUGCGCUCCUCAACAGGGAAGCGCGGGUUGACCAAAGGACAUUCUGGGUGUUGCCGUCGGAGCAGGGACAGAUAUCUGAUUCGAGGGUGCACUUGGCGGUCGGUACCAUGGCAUCUCCAGCUCCUAGCUCGGAUGAGGGGGAAAUCGUAGAGGCAACUCCCCUGCCUCGCUCUGAACAAAACGGUGAUGUUGACCGAACCGACAGACAUCGAGGGAGAUACCCGUCGCGGACACCUGAGGUCGACCUGCCGCCGCGAGAUACGGCGGAUGGACCGCGCCGACGCAGCCGCUCACCACGAGGCUGGAAGCGGGCCCGGGAUGAACCACGGGAUCGACGUGACACGCGACAGUUCCGCGUCCAUUACGAGGGCGGCCAUCGCGAUGAUCGCCGCCAGUACCGCGAUUUAGACCGGCCCCCUCCGCGCGGGUCCGAUCGCUACGACGAGAGUUCAAACUACCAACACAGCAGCCGAGACCAACCACCUCGUGGCAGGGCCCGCCGUGCUGAUGGCAGCGGCCACGAUGCCGCCAACGGCCGUGACCGUGGACCCGAUGGCUAUCCAUACAAGCGGCCCCGAAACCGCAGCCGCUCACCCCACAGCCGAGCCGACAGGGGAAGGCGAGACGGGGCUCGCCCCGGGGCUGAUUUGAGGUCAGGCGAAGACAAGUACAGUGCCCCAGCUGAGAGACACUCACAAGACGCUUUGUCCAAGCGGGAUACUGCGUCAGAGGCUCCCGCUGCUCCAAGCCGAAAUGCUAAGAUUGACGAAGGUGGUACGGUUGAACGAGGCAUCGAUGGCCUUGCCAUCUCACAGACUAGGGCACCUCCACAAGAUCCCGAGCCUGACAUGGACUGGGAUCCAGACACGGCCAUGGACGAAGAGUCCGCCGUCCAAGCCGAAAUCGAGCGUCGUCGCCGAGCGAGAGAGGCAGCACUCAAGCGAGGUAUCGGUCAGGCUAGUGACGGGCCGGCAUCUACCCCUGGUGAUACGCGUCAGAGCACCCCAAGGCCUCAGAAGGCGAACGGAGAAACUCCCCAGUCAAAUGGCCCUUCUUCACCAGCUCUAUCUCCUGGCAGGAUGCAAGACGCCUUGUCUCCAGGGGUGUUCAACUUUGCCGACGACCAAGCGCUGAUCAACGCUCAUGCUGCCGCCAAAGCCCGCGAGGAGGAUGGCCCCUCGGCCGCCGACUAUGACCCGACAGCUGACAUGAGGGAAGAUGAACGCCGAGAUGAGAUGCGCCAUGGCAACGUAGGUCUGCAUGGUGAACCCCGGGAGGAGCCGAUCGCGCCGCCGGCCCAGGAGCCGAAAGACGAGGGUGCCAAGCAGAAGGAGGACGAUGAUGAGGACGAGUUUGACAUGUUCGCGGAUGAUUUCGCCGACAGAUUUGCCGCCCCAACAACUUCCAAACCCGACGCCACUCAAGAGGUCAAGGCGCCGCAGCCUGGAGCUGGCGGUGCCAUUCUCGAGGGAGACGAUAAGGAGGGCUAUUACAAAAUCCGACCCGGGGAGCUGCUAGAUGGUCGCUAUCAAGUCUCGACCACCUUGGGACGCGGCAUGUUCUCAGGAGUUGCACGCGCCAUCGACAUCACGACCAAGAAGCCCGUUGCAAUCAAAAUCAUGCGGAACAACGAUGCGCUUCGCAAAGGCGGCCUUACGGAAAUUGCCAUCCUUGAGAAGCUCAAUGCCACCGACCCGGAGGACAAGAAGCACAUUGUCCGGUUCGAGCGGUCAUUCGAGUACAAAGGGCAUCUAUGUAUGGCCUUUGAAAACCUGAGCAUGAACCUCCGGGAGGUCCUCAAGAAGUUUGGCAACAAUGUUGGCAUCAACCUGAACGCGACGCGGGCGUAUGCCUACCAGAUCUUCCUGGCGCUUGGCCACAUGCGCAAAUGUAGCAUCAUCCACGCCGAUCUGAAGCCUGACAACAUUCUGGUGAACGAAGCCCGUAACAUGCUCAAGAUCUGCGAUCUGGGCACGGCAAUCGACCGUUCGGAUGCGGCAACGGCUGCCAUGGAGCCCAUGCCUUACCUCGUCAGUAGGUUUUACCGGGCUCCCGAGAUCAUCCUGGGUGUGCCGUUUGACUACGCGGUCGACAUGUGGUCCAUCGGAUGCACUCUCUAUGAGCUGUACACCGGCAAAAUCCUCUUCACGGGGGAGUCCAACAAUCAGAUGUUGAAGAACAUCAUGGAAAUUCGGGGCAAGCUGAGUGCCAAGCUGUACAAGCGGGGCCAGCUUGCCCACAAUCAUUUCGAUGACUUCGGCAACUUCAUCAGCGUUGAGCGAGACAAGAUCCUAGGAAAGACAAGCAUCAAGACCCUGGCGACUAUCAAGCCAACUCGGGAUCUGCGCACGCGCCUCCUGGCCGCCUCAGCCGGGAUGACCGACACCGAGAGCAGAGAGCUCAACCACUUCGUCGACCUUCUCGAGCGCUGCCUGACCCUGAACCCGGAGAAGCGCCUCACGCCGGCCGACGCGCUGCGGCAUCCCUUUUUCACGCACCGUUUGCAUCUGCAAGUGAAUGGGCAUGGACACGGGCACGGGCACGGGCAUGGGCAUGGGCGCUAAGGGAGCGCCAAAGUGUGAUUUUCCACAACGUAGAGGUCUGUGUUGCCUCGGAGGGGGAAGGGCGAUUAGCUGGAUCCCGGUGCGUGCCGGUUUGCUUUACGGAGACGGGAUGGGAUGUGUUCAGCCAGACCAGACGGGGCGAACAUUAAGAGGGGAUGGGGAGGAGAGCCACGAGGACCGGCUUCGCCCGCCCCAUCGUGGAACGAUAGGAUUUAAGGUAGAUACAUAGUUCAUGGGUAUUAUCAACACGCUGUGACCCGCUCUGGGUAAUGGAUAUAAACUCUCUUGUCGAGGUAUGACCCCGAUUCUGUUGGUGAC